AUGAACCUUUCACCACAAACGGUGGUUGGCUUGAUCGGAAUGGGCGAGAUGGGUCGGAUGUAUGCAGACAGGCUGGCGGCUGCAGGUCAUUGUCAGCUGCUGGUCUGCGAUCGCCCCGAGAAACUCGAUCAGUUGCUGGUCGACUACAAAGAUCGGCCCAAUGUCGCGGUGGUCGCUGAUGGUCAUUUAGUCAGUCGAGCAUCUGACUUUAUCAUUUACUCGGUCGAUUCCGAACACAUAGACAGCAUUGUAGCACAAUACGGACCAUCUACGAAACUCGGAGCGAUAGUCGCAGCGCAAACUUCAGUCAAAGCUCCAGAACAGGCUGCAUUCGAAAAGUACUUACCGAGCGACACGAGAGUGUGUUCAAUUCAUUCGCUGCAUGGCCCCUCAAUCCCACCGGAUGGCCAGGCAUUAGUUUUGAUCCCUUUUCGUUGCUCGGUUGCAGAGAAGCAAUGGGUUAAGGACAUCUUGGCACCCCUUCGCAGUCGAUACGUUGAGCUUAGCUAUGAGGAACACGAUGUCGUGAUGGCCAACACCCAGGCAUGCACACAUGCUGCUUUCCUCAGCAUGGGAACCGCCUGGCAUGCGACUAGUCGCUUUCCCUGGGACUCGGGUCGUUAUAUCGGCGGCAUCGAGGUUGCUAAGAUCAAUAUUACCCUGCGUAUAUACUCAUCCAAGUGGCAUGUUUACGCUGGCCUGGCAAUCAUGAAUCCGAUCGCAAGAAUUCAGAUCGACCAGUUCGCCCGCUCGGUUACCGAGCUGUUCGUCUUGAUGGUAUCCAACGAUGAAGAAGGACUCAGAAAGAGAGUUCAUGCCGGUCGGGAUCAUGUCUUCGGCCCUCCUGGCUCACCGAGAUCGUCUCCCCCUCCGAUGUUUCUUUCGGACGACGUUUUUUCAAGCUUCGCGAUCGGCGAGCCAGCCGCCGGGCCUUCGCCUCCAAACAGCCAUCUCACCAUCCUUGCAAUCGUCGACUGCUGGCACCAACUCGGACUCAACCCUUUCCUCCACCUGGAAAUUGCCGCCACGCCGGUGUUCCGUCUAUGGUUUGGUCUCAUCCACCAUCUCUUCCGUUCCCCUGAAAGACUCGAGAAGGCAAUACAUGCUGCCGUACACAACCUCGACUAUCGUGCUGAUGAUUGCGAGUUCGUACUCGCCGCUCGUGGAUGGAGUCAGUGCAUCAGCUAUGGCGAUUUCAAGCUGUACGAAGCCCGGUUUCAGCAAACCGCAGAGUUCUUUAAGCCUCGGAUCGAAGAGGGUAAAGGCAAGGGAAACGCAAUGAUGAAAUACAUUCUUGAAGCUUGCGGCUCUGCUUAA